CCAAUGGCAACCGGGUAUUUGUUUGACAACUCAGCCCUUCUUGAUUACAGCGUUCUGUUGUGCCGUAGUCAGGAAGACUUCUUCAAGAAAAUCGGACGGAUAUCUUAGCCAUCCGCGGUUUUAAGGACCAGAUUUCUGCAUUUAGAGUAAGGUUGAACUUCUAAGAUGGCCACAGCAUACUAUGGACGCCCUCCACCACCUGAGGAAAGCAUUUAUAAUCUUAUUCCAAGGGAAGAGAUCAAACCAUCCAAGCCGGCUAGGUUCGUGGAAGGAAAACCUGGGAUUAUCAAAAAUGCAGGUUACACGUCCAAGUUCAAUGAUACUGUGAAGACGGAACUUAAGAAAGACAAGGCUCCUGCCAAGACGAUGGGCCCGGCCAAGGUGGACGUCAGCCCGCCCAAGGAGUUCCUCAAGAAACACCAGAAGGAACCUCAGCUGCCAGCAAAGAAAGCGUUCCACUACCCAGAUGAGGACAAGCGUCGCCCAGCCGUGCCCAGGAAGGAGGAGAAACCUCUGAUGGGUCUGCAGACCAACAAGAACUUCAUCACCACCAACGCCGUGGAAAACAUCAUGUCUGUCCCGAAGAAACCCGUCGCUAAGUACGCUGACACGCCCAAGGGAGCAACCUUCGACCUGGACCCAUCCGGGCUCAACCCCAAAUAUGUGCACAAAAAGGACUACGGGAAGACUCCUGAAUACCUGAACAGAAGGAAGGAAGAAGUACAGAGAGCUCAGGAGGAAUAUGACGCUUACGUGAGGGAACAUUUCAGACGGGGGGCCAUGAAGUCUCUGUCAGAGGCUGAGAGACAAAUGAUGCUGGAUGGUUUGAAGAACAACUGGGAGCUCCUCCACCAUCAGUACCAGGGUCUGUCUGUCGUCACGGAUACGGCGCCCAAGAAGGCUCGCAAGGAGCGCAUGGAGGCAGAAAUGAAGCAGCUAGAGAGAGAUAUAGAAGCCAUCGAGAAGCACAAAACUAUCUACAUCGCAAACCACUAAACAAUCAUCUGUAGUCCUGGGGGGAAAGGGUUUACAAGCAUGUCAGCAGAACAUACUGCACCAGCGCAAAACCCGUAAUGUACAUGUAUUGCGCAUAGCACUUUGGCAGAACGUCUCAUAUAAGGCCAUAUGCCCGUAUGUAAGAUUAACAUCCAGUCUGUAGUUUCCAAAUGUUAUGUCAGAAAAGACAUUGUCUGCAACAGGCAAAAUUC